AUGAACGACAUGGCUGACCUGGGAAUAGAGCCGUCACCUCGUGCACGUCGCCCCACAGUGUUCAUCAUUGGAUUAAACAACGAAAUGGAGGAUAUGGCUGGCGUUCUCAGAAACUAUGGCAGCUUCACCUCACCGCCACACACUGACAGCAACCAGGAGAAUGGAGGGGUCACAGACGCGGUGACUGAGGGCAGCGACCCGCUUGAGAAAAAGUCAGCUGAUCAGUCGUCUGAGCCAAAACCUGCAACAAUGAACAGACAAAAAUCUUACUACACACCUUCAAUGGUUGAUGAGCUGAGGAAAAGAAACAGACUAUUUUUUCUAGAUCCAAUCACUAAACUCACAAAUCUGCACGGGUUUCCAUGGAAACUGUCGUUACAGAUUGUGAAACUUGUUGUCAUCACAGUUCAGAUUGUGAUAUUUGGAGCUCAGAGAGAGAACACUCUGGAGUAUUUUGAACGCAGUGAUCUCACAUACCGCCAUCUACUUCUGAAAGAUUGGAAUGUUGCAUAUGAAACUCUGCCAUACCCUCCAGCAGCUGGGCAGUAUGCUGUAUACAAUUUGUCAGAUUUGUUUGAUCAUAUGAAUGCUGUCAUGGAACGGUAUUACAAAAUUCCUGACUGGUCAUUAGCAUCCAUCCAUCACAACAAGGACAAUGAGACAGGACAUGCCUACCCAAUAAGACUCUGCUUCAAUGCAAAUGAUUUUAUAGAGUAUCCUAAUGGUAGCUACAUUGUAUCAGCAACAGUUUUACAUAAUUGUACAGACAUUCAUCCAGUAGACCACGGAGAUAUCAAAGCAUAUGAUGUCCAAACAUAUUUGAACAAGCACAAUUUUACUUUACCUUUCAACAGAACACUGGACAUAACUUUGUCCUUUUAUCUGCGAACAUUUCAUCUAAACCUAGUAGAGACACAUUAUGGGCCAACAUGUUACAAUGUCUCCAUCAGUGUGGUGUACACAAACAGUGAGCGCAGUGGCCAGCUUCUGAUUGACCUUGACACUGAACCAACAGAGAUUGAAUGUGCUGGAAAGAUUAUGUCAGAAGAAGCUGAAAGUCAGCAGGAGGCUAUGACAGCAAAAUUGAUUGCCUUUGAUGCUUUUGUGAUGGUUAUUUGUUUCUUCUCAACAAUUUUAUGUUCACGAUCUCUCAAGCGGUGCAAUAAACUACGGCAAGACACAGCAAAGUUCUUCAAACUUCACAAAGGCAAACCUUUCAGGUUUUCUAGCCACCUAGAAUAUAUCAACAUGUGGUACAUCAUUAUCAUUUGCAAUGAUCUUCUGACAGUCAUUGGCUCUGCCUUCAAGAUUGAGCUAGAAACUCGAGUCUUCUCAAUCUCAUCUGAGAACUAUGAAAUCUGCAGCAUACUUCUGGGACUUGGUGUUUUCCUCACUUAUAUUGGCAUACUUCGAUACUUGGGGUUUUUUAAGUCAUACAAUAUUCUGAUAUUAACUUUGAAGACAUCCUUCCCACAUGUCUUGAGAUUUCUUGUGUGUGCCAUCUGUUUGUUUGCUGGAUUCAUGCUCUGUGGGUGGAUAGUAUUUUCUCCGUAUCACAUUAAG